AAAGGAAAAAUAGUAGUAUAAAUAAGAGCAAUGCCAUGAGUAAAAAUGAGCAAAACGAAUCCACUUCUUAACUAUUAUCAAUCUUGUCGCAAAAGUGUUUAGCUAACAUUAUGGGUUUCUCCAAAUUUGCUGUCUUUGCUCUUUUCAUGCUCGCUGCAUCAGCUGUGAUAGAUGCGAAAUAUGAAGCAAGAACCACUGCAUCGAUAAUGACUGAACAGCUCCUGGAAGCUGAAGUGAAGGCAUUGGCAUCACUUAGAGAAGUUGAAAGGGGUUUUGCUAAUUCAAAGUUGAAGCAAAAUCUGAUGAUGAGGACUACUGAAGAUAAGUGUUCUCCAUCAGGGGCCAUAUGUUCGGGUUUUGGACCUCCGGAACAAUGUUGUUCUGGUGCUUGUGUUCCUCAUCCUAUCCUGAGGAUCUUUGUGUGCCAGUAAAAGCCCGGGUCGGGUGACUCGUGACGGGUCGAUCAUCACCUUCAAUUUCCUUUGUUAAUUAUGUACUCCGAUUAUCCGUACUUUGUAGUGUACCCGUGUACGAGAUAGAAUAAAAUUGAUGAAGGUGUUGGUGAGGAAAUGCUUCUAUAUAUGUUGUAUGUCUCUUGAGACUUGAGUCUUUGUUCUUGGAAUAAUUAAGAAUAAGUUUGGCUAGUUUCUAUUAAGCCAAUUAUCUA